AAAUCGGCGCCGCCAGGUGCGCCCGCCUAAGACGGCCAUGGCGACCUGGAGGCUGCUGUUGCCGCUGCUGCUGGUGCUGCUGGCGCACACCCCGCGCUGCGCCGACGGUUUCGCCGGAAGGAGGGGCCCCGUAGAGGGACGUCCUGCUCCACUAAGAUUCAAGAGAGAGAGCCCUAAAGUAGAUACCAGUUUUGAGAACAUAGGCAAGCAAAUACAUAGUCUACUGUCUUCCUUACCGUCCCUAGGCAAGCCUUCAUUCGACGACAUUGAGAAACUGGGAGAGAGGUUUGCAAGUUUAGGCCACGGAACCUACCACAGGGGCAGCUUUCUAGCGACGUCUUCGGACGGCGAGGGUGUACUAUCGCACGAGGAGGUCUCGGGAGAAACGGGGUCGUCACCUCACAGGACCUCGGGGACCUACUUCUUCGACCGGAAGGGAGGACUCUCGGGCUUCAGCUGCUACGAUGAAAAGUGCAAGAAGGAGCGUCUCAAGGAGCGCAGGCGGCGCGCCGCUGCGGAUCGCAACGGCUACCUCACCGGCAAGGCUGUGCAGUCAGAACUGCUGAACAACGUGCUGAACACCCUGCAGGCUCUGAGCAUGAAACUGCAGGAGCUGCAGAACAGGCUCGCGCAGACACUGCAGAGUGCCACCGCCUUCCCCGUCCACCAUCCAGCAGGAAGUCCGCCGACAGUUCAUGUGCCCGAUUCCUCCUCAUCGCAGUUCUCGGGGGCAGCAGCGGGAGGCUCCAUCAUAACUGCGGGUGGAGGCUCGCCCGUCCAGGGAGAGUUCCACGGAAGCUCCAUUUCGUCGUCUACUUCUCCCGGCGGGGGGACGAUAGUGUCCCACAAGGAGGUGGUUGACCGUCUGGGCUCUCCGGCGCACACGUCCUCGGGGUCGUACCUGGUUAAUCCGCAAGGGGAAGUGAGUGGCGUCUCUUGCACUGAUGGCAAGUGCCACAAGGUGGGCGACAAAAGCGGUGGACAGGCAUCAGGACCGCCCCCGGCUGCUGCAACUGUACCGCUGGCUGACCGCGGAGGACUACCCUCGGUCAACAGACCUGAAACACACUAUUCCUCCACUUCGUUUGCUGUAGACCCAGCUGGACAUGUCUCUGGCGUGUCGUGCGUCGAUGGCAAGUGCAAGACCACACGAGACAACGGAAGAGAUAGGAGACAGUAGGUGCCGAUUCAUCAGCCCAUAUGAUGUCGGUACACCAGGGCUCAGCUCUCCAUCCGCAUUCGUAGUUAAGACAAACAGAGACCCGGGAGUUUCAUUCAAUUACCGCAUGUUGGCUGGUGAAAGUAAGCCGCCGAGUCACAUUCUUACGAUCAUCUUCUAGUAAUGGAGUAACUGGUGUCUGCAGCUCACACAGCGUUUGCAUUAUCAGUAAGGUAAUGAAAUUUCCUGGCAGAUUAAAACCGUUUGCCGGACCGAGACUCGAACUCGGGACCUUUGCCUUUCGCGGGCAAGUGCUCUACCAACUGAGCUACCCAAGCACGACUCUCGAUCGCCCUCGCAGCCUUACUUCCUCCAGUACCUCGUCUCCUACUUUCCAUACUUCACAGAAGCGGGUCGUGAGUCGUGCUUGGGUAGCUCAGAUGGUAGAGCACUCUCCCGCGAAAGGCAAAGGUCCCGAAUUCGAGUCGGUUCGGCACACAAUUUUAAUCUGCCAGGAAGUUUCAUAUCAGCACACACUCCGUUUCAGAGUCUAACCUAACCUAACCUAACAAUUUCAUUCAGCAACGUAGUGCUGAUAGGACUGCAGUGGUCUGUGGAACUAUGCUGUGUAGCAACGCCUCCAACAGCUACUUGGGGGUGGGGCGGGGAGGGGGGGAAGGGGGACGGGCUGUUGCGGAGGAUUCAUACUGCUAGUACGUGGUCCCACAGACAACAGCGAAGUAGUAUGAAAUGUUGAGAGUCCUCUUCCAGCCAGUUGCCUGUAAUAGAGGUAGCGUCGUAAAACACAUCAUCUUAUAUUCUAUUACUCUUAUGGAAUGCACUCAGUCUGUUAAUAAGUCAAGAGUGCCUUCCACAUGGACCCUGAGAAUGCCAUUAAACAUUUUCUGGACCAUAUCACUGCCCUGAGCGCCUAACGAUCUAUCAGAAAGGGAUACGAGUGCUGGUUCUCCUACCUCUUCCAACCAUCCUAUGAAGCAACAAACUUGAGUGGGGCAAUAUUACACCUCACCGACAAAUAAGACUAUAUCUUCGAGCACUUUCAAUUCUAUCCGUCAAUGCAGCAUCAUUAACGUGAGUGUGGGCAUCGUAGAACCUUUAUUUACAAGUUUUACUAAAUUGUUAAAGUAGACUUGUGUCAGGUUAAUCCCUACCAUAUAUGGACUGUAAGCUGUUCCACUGAAGUAUGGUAGCUGGCCUUCCCAUACCGUUGUAGCCAAGUUUUAUGCGUCACGUGAAUACCAAGUGAGUUUCCGCAGUUGAUACAACGAUGACAUUACUGGAGUCACGCUUCAGUUUCACCACAUAAACACACGGGAAAGAAUCAAACUUCACCAGUUGAGUAAUACUCCUUCCCUCGACUUGCAGGCUGACAAUUAUCCAUUUUUUCAAUGCGCAUGAAUCUCUUCCUGUGGCCACGGUGGCAGUGAUCGCAAUGCAUACAGAUAGUCCGUCUGUCCUCUUCUGUAUUCACCCCAGCUUAAUUUCAAUGCUUCCUGUUCCAUCUGGCAGGUGCUCAUAACAAUGUGUCUCGACUUGUAGAUUACACUGCACAUAUUUCGUAGCUGUAUUUUCUUUCACAUUUUGGAAUAUGACUUCAAAGUCACAUUCUACAUGUUUUGAAAUCUAGAUGCUUCAAGAGGCCAUUUUGCUAAGUAAUGUACUCUUUAUUUUAUAACUGCGCGUGCAGUAUUUUUGAGUUAUCUGAACGAUUCAGUGGGUUACAUUUCCGCUGUAUUGAUUGUAGACUGAUGCUAUGAUCCAGAAAGCAAUGAUCACCCUCAGGUGGUUCUUGAAUUUUUAGAUGGUCUUAUGUCAGGCCAGUUUAGCUUCCCGCUCUUGACAGCAUCUUUAUUUGAAAUAAUAAUAAGAAUGUGAUAAUAUAGGUAUGACAUUGUGGAAAGGGUAAGUUUGGGGAUGCAUCACAGGCCAGAGUCAACUUUCUUAGAAGAGCUUUGGCAUCAGUGUAAUUUAUUCAUAACUACGGUUUGAAUAUGAAUGUAUAAAUCGGAGUUUUAUUUAAUUUUGAUUUCAUUUACAGACAGUUUAUGUAUUGUUUUACUCGUUAUCUGAUGACAAAUAAAAUAUUCCUUAAUUUAUGUUUUGUCGUUUCAUCUUCGACGUUAGUGCAGAAGUUGUUGGUUAGCCAUGCCUGUUGAAACAGAAACAAAUAAAAUUAUUAUUAAAAAUA